AUGUUAUCUUACAAUAUCAAUGAUAAAGAAAUCGUAUUUCAAAUUUACGAGUUUUUACGAAAUCAAGAGAUGCCAGUUUGGAUCAACCGAUCAGAAAAUGUCACCGCAGAUAGCCUACACGAUAGUUUGGCUAAUGGAGUAGAGAACGCUGCAGCAGUUUUUUGUUUUUUAACGCCAGAUUAUGAAAGGUCACCAGUUUGUAAACUUGAACUACAAUAUGCACAUAAACGGAGCAAACUAAUUAUACCGUGUUUGUUCGACGACAAGAAAUUCUGGAACGAUUCUUCUUGGUUAACGACAGUAGUUGGAUCUCUUCACUGUUAUAAUAUCAAGGAAAUUCAGAAUAAGGACAAAAUGCAUUUACAAGAGUUGAUCAAUAGUUUGUACAAAAGACAUUCUUCAUCGAAGCACGUCUUAACAGAAUCACUUGGUCCACCAAAUUAUCUUUUCGAAUUAAUUAAAUACAAAUAUCUAUGUGACAACAAAAUAGAACGCUUCAUGGAUCCGUCGAAAACGUUUCCAAUCGAGCAGAGUUAUAUCAAUUUGGCUAUAGUAGAAACGAAAGAAACUCAAGAAAAAGAAAAGAAGCUCGAUAAUACUCAGAGCAUUGAUGCAGUUAUGGGUGUAUUCGAGAAAAUUUAUGGAAGUAAAUCUCCAAUUGAUGUCAAAGAUAUUUUCACGAAAUGCAAAGAUCAAAACAGAAAUAUUUUAGUUUUUGGUCGAGCUGGUAUUGGAAAAUCAACGUUUUGCCGAUAUGCUGCUUAUCAAUGGGCAACUGGUGCAAUAUGGCCAGAAUAUGAAUUAGUUGUGCUCGUUCCUUUACGAUCUCUAACAGGACCAAAAUAUCCAAAAGGCAAAGAUUAUUCUCUCAUCGACAUUUUGAUAAAUCACUAUUUCUCUCAUCCAUUCUGGUCAGAUGAACAAAAGAAUAAGCUUGCAGAACAGAUUCGUAGAAGUAAAAUUCUAUGGCUAUUGGAUGGUUAUGAUGAAAUAGCACAAGACCAACCUCGACAUCUCCAAAUCUUACUUGAACAGCUGCUCAAAACUCCGCAUCACAUCAUCACCUCUCGUCCAUACAUGAAUACAUUGCCGUAUUCGGUGAAGAUGGAAAUUACGGGUUUCACGGAUGAAAACAUUCCCAACUAUAUCAAGCUGUUCUUCAAUCAGUUAGGAAACCCCUCGCGUGAGGAUGAGAACUUACUCAAUUUUCUCCAGUCGAAUCCUAAGAUUUGGGGUAUUGCACAUAUUCCCAUUAAUCUGGAACUGAUUUGCAGUGUUUGGAUCAAAUCCGAUUGGGCCAAAACAAAAGUAGCGACGAUGACAGGAUUGUAUAAUGGAUUAACUGAGUCGAUCUGCCGUCGAUAUCUAGCGAAGCAAAAAAAUAUCCUAUCCACCGAUCUUAUAUUCAUGGUCAAAAAGGACGUCUAUGAAAAAUGUAAAAUGGAACUGGCGUUCCUAGAAAGGCUCGCCUUCCUUGGAAUGGAAAACAAUCUUAUUCUGUUAAGCCCAACAUUAGUCAGGAAUGCGGAAAANGCGACGAUGACAGGAUUGUAUAAUGGAUUAACUGAGUCGAUUUGCCGUCGAUAUCUAGCGAAGCAAAAAAAUAUCCUAUCCACCGAUCUUAUAUUCAUGGUCAAAAAGGACGUCUAUGAAAAAUGUAAAAUGGAACUGGCGUUCCUAGAAAGGCUCGCCUUCCUUGGAAUGGAAAACAACCUUAUUCUGUUAAGCCCAACAUUAGUCAGGAAUGCGGAAAAAAAGAUAAUCACGGAACCAUCUGAUCGUAAAAAUUUAUUCAAUUUUGGAAUACUAAAAUCAUACGACUCAAAUAUUGGUCGUAUUAGGACACACAAUGAAGUCGAAAAAGACUACUACUUUGUCCAUCUCAGCUUUCAAGAAUACUUUGCAGCUCGCUACUUAGCAAAAGCUCUGUCCGGUACUGCAUGUAAUAAAGCAAUUGAAUUUAUUCAGCAGCACAAAUACAAUCAAAGAUAUCAGCUACUCUUUGCAUUUCUAGCCGGGUUACUAAGCGAAACAUGUGACUCGCGACUUAACAUCAAGUUUUGGAACACAAUAUUUAACGAGCCAUUAGAUAUCACCCAUAUGCAACACAUGGCUCUUGUUAUUCGCUGUGCCGAUGAGAUUAACAGCAACACCACAUUCAUUGAAGCCCCACGAUUAUUUCAACUGACAGCGCGAUGGAUGGAAACCGCUAUAACACAUAAAUCCCGGUAUUUACUUCCGUUUCUGACGAACAUUCUAAGAGCAUGUAACACAAUCUGCAAUGCAACACAUAUUCAACAGGCACUGGUACGAUUACUACACGAUAACCAAACCACUAUCGUUUGUAGAACACUGGAAUUUAUAUCAUCAAUUCCACUAAACAAUCCUACCAAUUCGCUAAAGCGCACAGUGCUACAGAAAAUACAGCAUCAAGAUUCCGAUGUAAAACAAGAAGCAUUCGAAGCACUUACCUCUAUGUAUCAAAAAGCAGCGACGAAGGAACUGAUCGAGGCACUUCUCAAAGCACUUUCGGACAGCGAUCAUCUAGUAAGACGAAGUGCAAGCGAGGCAUUCAGUCGAAUAAAUGUACAAGCAGCGACGCCUGAAAUGAUCGAUAUACUUCUCAAGGCACUUUCGGACGACGACUCUAACAUAAGACGCCAUGCAUGCCAGACAAUCGGUCAAUUGGGUGCAAAAACAGCGACGAAAGAAGUGAUCAAUGCACUUGUCAAGGCACUUUCGCACGACAAUUCUGCCAUAAUAUGGCCUGCAUACAGCGCAUUCAGUCGAAUGGGUACACAAGCAGCGACGAAAGAAGUGAUCGGCGCACUACUCAAGGCACUUUCCGAUAGCGAUCUUUCGGUAAGACUAAGUGCAUGCUACGUAAUCGAUCGAAUAGGUGCACAAGCAGCGACGAAAGAAGUGAUCGGCGCACUACUCAAGGCACUUUCCGAUAGCGAUCUUCACGUAAGACAAAGUGCAUGCUAUGUAAUCGGUCGAAUAGGUGAAAAAGCAGCGACCAAAGAAGUGAUCGACGCGCUUGUCAAGGCACUUUCGGAUAGCGAUCUUAAGGUAAGACGAAGUGCAUGCGAGGCAAUCGGUCGAAUGAGUGCAAAAGCAGCGACGACACAAGUGAUCAAUGCACUUGUCAAGGCACUUUCGGACGACGAUUCUGACAUAAGAGGGCGUGCAUGCUACGUAAUCGAUCGAAUAGGUGAAAAAGCAGCGACGAAAGAAGUGAUCGGCGCACUUCUCAAGGCACUUUCGGACCACGAUUUUAACACAAGAAAGUGUGCAGGCGAGGCAUUCGAUCGAAUGGCUAAAAACGCAGCGACGAAGGAAGUGAUCGACGCGCUUGUGAAGGCACUUUCGGACGACGAUUCUGACAUAAGAUGGCGUGCAUGCUACGCAAUCGGUCGAAUAGGUGAAAACGCAGCGACGAAAGAAGUGAUCAAUGCACUUCUCAGGGCGCUUUCAGAUAGCGAUCUUCGAGUAAGAGGAGGUGCAUGCGAGGCAUUCGGUCGAAUAGGCGAAAACGCAGCGACGAAAGAAGUGAUCGAUGCACUUGUGAAGGCACUUUCGGACCACGAUUUUAACAUAAGAAGGUGUGCAUGCUACGCAAUCGGUCGAAUGAGUGAAAAAGCAGCGACGAAAGAAGUGAUCAAUGCACUUCUCAGGGCGCUUUCAGAUAGCGAUCUUCGAGUAAGAGGAGGUGCAUGCUACACAAUAGGUCGAAUGAAUGAAAGAGCAGCCACAAAGGAAAUGAUCGAUGCACUUGUGAAGGCACUUUCGGACCACGAUUUUAACAUAAGAAGGUGUGCAUGCGAGGCAAUCGGUCGAAUUAAUGAAAAAGCAGCGACGAAAGAAGUGAUCGACGCGCUUGUCAAGGCACUUUCGGACGGCGAUUCUGAUAUAAGACGAAGUGCAUGCUACGCAAUCGGUCGAAUGGGUGAAAAAGCAGCGACCAAAGAAGUGAUCAAUGCACUUGUUAGGGCACUUUCAGAUAGCGAUUUUCGGGUAAGGGGAGGUGCAGGUGAGGCAUUCGAUCGAAUGGCUAAAAACGCAGCGACGAAGAAAGUGAGCGACGGACUUCUCCAGGCACUUUCGGACGACGAUUCUGACAUAAGAUGGCGUGCAUGCGAGGCAAUCGGUCGAAUAGGUGAAAAAGCAGCGACGAAAGAAGUGAUCGACGCACUUCUCAAGGCACUUUCGGACAGCGAUCUCCGGGUAAGAGGAGGUGCAUGCGAGGCAUUGGGUCGAAUAGGUGAAAGAGCAGCGACGAAGGAAGUGAUCGAUGCACUUCUCAAGGCACUUUCGGGCAGCGAUCAUCUAGUAAGUAGUAGUGCAUGUAUGGCACUGAAUCGUGUAGUUGAAAAAGUGACCACGACGGAAAUUAUGGGUGUGGCUGCUGGCUUUGCACGGGCUUGGAACGAGAGGAAGAACCUCUACAAAUAUGAGAUGAGAAGGUGGCUCUGCGCGAUUUGUGCGUUGGACGUGUUCNAGGAUUGUAUAAUGGAUUAA